AUGAGGCCUUUCCACUUUCCAUGCAGCAGAAUCAGCAGCAAAUUACCCACAGAUUUACUUGGGUUUGCUCUGCUGACGGUGCUGUGUUUAGCUUCUUCCACCGACUCCUGCAUAGACCAGGAGAAGAGUGUCCUCCUCCAGUUCCUUGCUGGCCUCUCAGGAGACGGUGGCCUCUCCGCAUCAUGGCGGAACGGCACAAAUUGCUGCACAUGGGAAGGCAUCACCUGUAAUGCAGACAUGAGGAUCGCUGAUAUUUUGCUCGCUUCUAAGGCCCUUGAAGGGCAGAUCUCACCGUCUCUUGGCAGCCUCACCGGCCUGCUGCAGCUCAAUCUUUCACACAAUUCGCUGUCUGGUGAACUUCCAUUGGAGGGGUUGGUGUCAUCGAGCAGCAUCGUCGUUCUUGAUGUUAGCUUCAAUCACUUCAGUGGAGCUUUGCAAGAGCUCUUCAUUCAAUCAACUAUCUGGCCUCUUCAGGUACUGAACAUCUCAAGCAACUUAUUUACAGGGAAAUUUCCAACAACCACAUGUAAGGUGAUGAACAAUCUGGUGGCUCUUAAUGCCAGCAACAACAGCUUUAUAGGACAGAUACCAAGUUCUUUGUGCAUCAACUCACCAUCCUUCGGGGUACUUGACCUCUCUUCCAAUCAAUUUGGUGGCAGCAUACCCUCAGACAUAGGCAACUGCUCCAUGCUUAGAGUGCUCAAGGGUGGCCGCAACAACUUCAAGGGUCCACUCCCAGAUGAACUAUUCAAUGCUUCAUCAUUGGAGCACCUUUCUUUCCCAAACAAUGAUCUAAAUGGAGUACUUGAUGAUGCCAACAUUAUAAAGCUCAGCAAAUUGUCUAUCCUUGAUCUCCAACAGAAUAUAUUCAGUGGAAACAUACCCAAGUCCAUAGGUCAGCUCAAGAGAUUGAAGGAGCUCCAUUUGGGUGAGAACUACUUGUAUGGGGAGCUGCCAUCAACUUUAGGCAACUGCACAAAUCUCAAAAUCCUCGACCUCAAGAUCAACUACCUCAGUGGAGACCUUGGCAAGAUCAACUUUUCCAGCCUAUCUAAUCUAAUGAUAAUUGAUCUUCUCGUGAACAACUUCAAUGGUACAAUUCCAGAAAGCAUUUAUGAUUGCACAAAUUUGAUUGCACUGAGACUUUCGUGGAACAAAUUCCAUGGUGAGUUCUCACACAGAAUGGACAGACUGAGGUCUCUUUCCUGCCUGUCAGUUGGUUGGAAUGAUUUUACGAAUAUCACGAAGGCACUUUACAUCCUCAAGAGCUUUAGCAACUUAAAAACUCUACUUCUUGGAGGGAACUUCAACCAUGAGACAUUGCUAGCAGAUGAAACAAUGGAUGGUUUUGAAAAUCUUCAGUACCUAGAAAUAAGUGGUUCUUCUUUACAUGGAAAAAUUUCUCUUUGGCUAUCAAAGCUCACAAAAUUGAAGGUGCUGCAGUUAUCCAAUAAUCAAUUAAGCGGAUCAGUGCCUGCCUGGAUCAACAGCCUCAACUUCCUCUUCUAUCUAGACAUAUCCAAUAACAACCUUACAGGUGAAUUUCCAACAAUAUUAACGCAGAUUCCAAUGCUGAAGUCAGACAAGAGAACCAAUCUGGAUGUGCGAUCCCGCCAGAGAUUAGUCAGCUGAAGGCACUCGAUAUGCUCAACUUGAGCUUCAAUAGCUUCUCUGGGGAGACCCCACAAGCAAUCUGCAACCUCACCAAGCUGGUCAUGCUAGACUUGUCUAACAACAAUCUAACAGGCACAAUCCCUUUAGAACUGAACAAGCUAAA